AAUUGCACCAAAUGGUCACUUCACGGAGUUCAGGUUCCCUAGAUCGAAUCACCCCAAAUAUGGCAUCCACCACGAUUCUUUUCAAUUAAUUCACGCAACUGACGAAUGCAUGCGGUAUUCGGUAGUUACAGCGGUGAAGGGUCCUGCUUGAGCCUGCCCAUCCACUUGGCGCCAUGAGGUUCCAGAUUCCCUGUGCAACGUCAGUAAAGCCCUCACUUCUAGGGUUCCUGAGUUUGUGACAUGAAUUUGAAUGUGGAAGUGAAUGACAUCUCCAUUGCUGUUGCCCUGCCUGUCGGAGUAAGCCAUGGCGUUGUUUAGUCUCUCGAGUGCUCUCUUGUCCCCCUACCAUGGUAGUGUAGCAGAGUUGAAGGAACCCAGUGCGUUGAAAAUACUAUACCCAUACCAGUUUCCGAGUUUGGGGAGGUUUAGGCGUGGCGGGAUUGCGCUGCCAGCAUUUGGGGGCUUGGGAUGGAGAUCUGUGGCAGAGCAGACGAUCGAAAGUGUUCAUCUACAUAGUCACAGAUGCUUCAGUUUUCCGGAAAAGGAUUCGAACUCGACGACGGAGUUGCAAGGGCCAGAAUUUGCUCUUGAGGAUGAGUGUACAGAUGGAGCAAUGUCAAGUGGCCGGAAGAUGAUUAUGUUAUUUCUGUCGAAAUCAGUGAUUAUUGGUGUGUUGGCAUUCACAAUGGCCGCUGUGGCUGCGGCGUCCAGGAAUCGCCGCACAGGUUUGGUCGCAGAGCCUGCCGAUUCAGGUCAAGUGUAUGUUUUGAAUGGCAAGCCAGUGGUUUCCAUCUCCAAUAAGUUCAAUGAAGCGGAACCUCGCAUUUCAAGCAGAGAAAAGUUGUCGAGGAGUCUUUGUUUUGCAUCGACAGCACUAACAGCGAAUGAUGGACUCACGAAGCUUCAGGAAAAAGCUAUCGACGAAGCAAUGCAAAAGUUCAAGGAAUGGGUGAAGGAUGUGAGAUCCGACGCGCAGAGUCAAGGAGUGAGCGAAGAAGUGCUGGACUGGGCCCUGGAAAACAUAGAAUUGUCCAAAGAGUCGUUGGUGCAUACGGAGUCCAUGCCGGAGGUGAAGCUUACACUUGACGACUACCUCAAGAGAUACGGGUUUUUUUUUACUGUGAAUCGCAGAAUGGUGGAUGAAAAGAGGGUAAAAAUUGGCGCAGAGCUUAUGAAAGAAAAUGUAGAGUUACUAACUGAGGUUUCUCAAAAAUUUGGUGUCCCUACUCAGUUUUUGGUGGCCAUAUGGGGCAUUGAAACGAACUAUGGAUCGUACAUGGGAAACUGGGACAUCAUUCAGUCUCUGGCAACGAUGAGCUUCACAGAGAAGCCUGCAAGUCGAAGUAAUUAUUUCAGAGGGGAGUUGAUAGAGGCUCUGUUAAUGCUCCAGAAAGGUACAGCAGAUCGAGGAAGAGGGCCUGAAGGGAAGACGAGGUUGCGAGGAUCAUGGGCAGGCGCAAUGGGCCAGUGCCAAUUCAUGCCCACCAGCUUUCGUGAUUAUGCCCUUGACUACGACGGUGACGGUCACAAGGAUAUCUGGGAGUCUAAAGCAGACGUCUUUGCGUCAAUCGCCAACUACUUCAAGGAACAUGGAUGGAAAGAAGGUGGCCCCAUCUUCCAGAAGGUUCAAGUGCCAAGGAAGCUGGACGAAAGCCUUGUAGGCUUAGGAGUCGUGAAGAGUGUUUUGGAUUGGGAACACAAGCAUGGGGUCCAUUUGAACCCUGGAAAAGCGCCGCCUCUUCCUCCAGAUGAAAUGGCGAGCUUGUUGAUGCCAAAUGGACCAAAAGGGAACGCGUACCUAGUGUGCAGCAAUUUUCGAGUCAUUCUACGGUACAACUCAAGUAGCCUGUAUGGUUUCUCGGUGUGUGAAUUGGCACGGCUGAUCGAAGAAAGAUCCUCGAACCCUUACCCCACACCUGCAUUGUAAUCUUAAAUCGCAAGCCCUGUUUGAAGAUUGAACAGAAACUGAAAGCAUCCUCGAAAUCUUUUCAAAUAAAAUUCUUACUUUUGUA